AUGCGAGGCGGGUCGAGCUCGGCCUCGUCGAGUCGUUCUAUGGCGAACGCAAAGAAUCGUGAUCCUCCUCGCGUGAGCUUGCCGCAAUGCCCUGCAGGACAUGAGGAAGCUUUUUGCAAAGGACUCAAGACGAUCCAAGACCAGGAGUUGAAGACGACUUGCGCAUUCGGUCUCGCUGUGAGAGAUCAUCACGCCGUCGAGAACAUGGCAGCAGAGUCGCCCGAGUCUACUGAACCAAAGAUCGACAAUCGGAUGUCACCAGAGCCCUGCGAAUACAUCGAUCCGAGAUUGAUCGACAAACGAACGGCAGCAAAGCUCCACGACGAAUACCUCACUCCGAGAUUGAUCGACCGACUGAUUUCAGGAGAGCUCCACGAACAUGCCAAUCCGACAAAAGACAACGAGAGCUGGCCACCAGUAGAGCUCCCCAGACACUACAGCCAAGAAGAAAUCGACAGCUUGAAUGAUCGCUUUCCUAUAGCCCCCGCCGUCAGGGCUCCAAUGCCUCCUGCAAAUAAUAUCGAAGAUAUAGAGAAUCAACGUUGGGCGCGUCUCAAGGUCGAGGGAUCAUCUGAUCUUUACGAACAACUCAAACUCUCGAAAGAGCUACGCAACGAAUUGGACGCUUCUGGAAUACUAAGCUAUGUCCAAACACACUACAAGGACGACUGGAAGACGGUCGAGAGAUUGCAGAUCGUCCAGUUUCCUAUGAAUUGCGUUCGAUUCAAGAUUCCGAACUUGAGAGUCGAGUACACCCGCCUGGCGAACGGCUGGCUCAAUUUGCAGAAGGCACACGACGCUGCCCACCAUCGAUCCAUAUUCAUUCAAGCAGGAUGUCUGAAGCUCCACGAGACAGAGGGUGGUAAAGUUCAACCGAAUCUACCACGACGAGGCAUAUUUCAGGUGGAUGGAGAGGCCACGAAACAAUCUACAGUAUCAUCUGCUUCGCUUCAUGAAGACUGCAACAUGAUUCAUGGGCCUGCUGUCGUUCAAGCUGUGGCUUCGCAAGACUCUGAAGAGGAUAUGGACACCGACGAAGACAAGGAAGCCACUUCGGAGUUGGAGAGAAAAGGCCGGAAGCUCGGACUCCGACCGAUGUCGAAAAGAGACCACGCUGGCAUUGCAGCGCUGUUUGAAUCAGGAGACCAAAAUCUUUCUUGA